AUGAGCUCACCUUUGCUAAGCCAGACGAGGCUUGGGGAAGCACUGUAUCUGUACUUAGCUAUGUCUCCCACAGCUGUGAGUGCAGCAUUAAUCCGAAAAGAAGAUGGAAUUCAGAGGCCUGUGUACUUCAUCAGUAAAGCCUUAAGGGGCGUUGAAGAAAGAUAUCCCCAGAUGGAAAAACUGGAUUUCGCCUUGAUUAUAGCGUCUAGAAAACUCCGACUCUACUUUCAAGUGCAUACUAUAAGGGUAUUAACUGAGUAUCCUUUGAAGAAGGUUUUAAGAAAGCUAAAUCUAUCGGGAAGAUUAGCUAACUGGGAAAUUGAACUGGGAGAAUUUGACAUUGAGUUUCUCCCUCGGAAUUCUCUCAAAGGUCAAGCACUGGCUGAUAUUUUGGCAGAGUUCACUAAUUUGCCGGAUGUGACAGGUUGGCCGAAUGAUGAAACAUGGGUAAUUUAUGUUGAUGGAUCAUCUACGAAGAAGCACGGUGGAGCUAGAAUAAUGAUGAUUACCCCGAAUGGGGAAGAACUGUGCAGUUCCUUGAAGGUAAAAUUUAAAACUACAAAUAACGAAGCCGAGUAUGAGGCAGUUCUGGCAAGACUUGGUUUCGCUCGAGAAAUGGGUGCUAAAUUCGUAGAAGUGCGAAGUGAUUCCCAAGUCAUCGUUGGUCAUGUUCGAGGUGAAUUCGAAGCCAAGGGGGAAAAGAUGAAGUUAUACUUGUCGAAAGUACAAGAAAUGCAAAGUUUAUUUGAGAGGUUCAGCAUUGUCAAAGUUUUGAGACCUGAGAAUGAGAGAGCAGACAGGUUGGCCCGAAUAGCCUCGGCAGCGAAUGGGGAGAUUGAAGACGAGACACCUGUCCAAAUUCUUCCACAGUCAUCCAUUAUCGAGACGGUGUCGGUCUCAACAACCGAGACCAUACCCAAUUGGCAAUUGGAAAUCAUGGAAUACCUGGAAAAAGGAGUCCUCCCGCCAGAUCGAAAGUCGGCUAUUCAGUUCAAAAUAAGAGCUGCAUGGUUUACGAUGGUAAAUGGAAUUCUUUACAAGAGGGGUUUCAUGUUACCACUCCUCAAGUGUGUUUCAAAAGAAGAGGGAAAUUAUAUUCUCAGAGAGAUCCAAGAAGGGAUCUGA